AUGGUAGAAUUACAAAGUCACUCCUUCGAGGAUGCCUCUUCCACAGACAGCUAUAACGUGCCAAUCAUAUCCCGGUCUCAUUCUGAGUCCUCUCAUGACACCAGCUCAGUCAGACGACUUCAACUUACAACUAUCAAUUUUCCAUUCCUAGAAUCGCCCGCCAAGUCUCGGGGUUCACUGUCAAUUCCAAUAUCACCCACCCCAGGCUUGAAAGGAAACCUAUUAACUAAAGCGACAUCUCCGGAGCGAGGUCGAAGCAGAGUCAGAAGGCCAUUCAACGGAGAAAGGAUACGAGUUUCUUAUCCCAGUCCGGUAUCUCCCGAUCGAUUCAUUCCCAAGCGCGAUUUCGGCGAUUCUCCAUCUACGCCAUAUCGCGUGAACAAGCACCCCCAGCAACUAUCACCCCGAGAACGGCUUCUGCGAUGCCGUUUCCCUGGAGAUGAUCCGUUUCUACCAACUCCCCAAAGUUCAGGGUCACCCGACCAAGGCCCAAGACCAACUCGGGUCCAGCAAAGACCACUCCACCGGCCUCGCCUGAUCAAUGACUUUGCAGCCAUGGGAAACAAUCGCCCAAACGACUUCCUAAGACAAGUCAGCUCUGGUGGGGUUUGGGGAGUGGGUGGAACAUCAGCAGUGCUUGGUGUUCCGGCUGCAACAACGAAUGACGCACCAAAUCUCUUGGGAAGAUGCACCACUGCUCCGAUUUUUAUGGCCAGAUUCCUACCGAGAAACACUAAGGCUGACGAACAAAACAAGCACGAAUCAAGAAUUGCACUUGCUUUGGAUAUCGACCGAACUACCAGAGUUGUUGGUACCUGUGGGGUACACGCAGAAACAAGUCCCAGUCGCACAUCACCGGACUAUGAACAGUUCGUACCGUUUAUGUGGAAGGAUGGUGCUUGGAAGAAGGGUAACAGAGAACAUUGGCCAAUAGUCCUUCCUCGGCGAGAAGCUGUUCCCCCCAAGCCUUUUCGAAUCUUAGAUGCCCCAUAUAUGCGAGAUGACUUCUACUGUUCCACAUUGGCUUACUCUUUUACAUCUGGUGUUCUAGCUGUGGGUCUGGCGCAGUGUGUGUAUCUCUGGUCCGAAGGCUACAUUGUUGGUCGACCACCAUUUGGUGAAUUCUAUCCCUCAAACUACGUCACGUCUCUGUCUUUCUCAUCAGAAAACGGCGGACGAAGCAUUCUUGCGGUUGGACGUCAAUCAGGUCUGCUGUCUCUUUGGAGCGUUUCUGAGGAAAAGGUUCGUUUUGAGAUUAGCCACCCGAACGGCAUAUCAUGCGUUUCUUUCAAACCAAGGACUUCACAGAGACCAUCCGAGGGUUUCCAAAGCUUGGAAAUUAAUGCAGAAAUUCUUGCUGUUGGUGACGAAAUUGGCAACAUUUGGUACUACUCGGUUGAAUGGCCCGAGAUUCACACUAAAUGGAGUUGGACGGGCUGUAUGACGCUCAUGGCCAAAAUUUCCGCGCAUAGCCAGCAGGUUUGUGGCUUAGCUUGGUCUCCUGACGAAAGGUUUCUUGCUACUGGUGGCAACGACAAUGUAUGUAUGCUAUUUGACCUGCAUGAGAUCCUCUCGCCCCCACAGGUCAACCUUUCAGGCUUUUCUACUCUGUCUUCAGAUCCGUCGAGGUACUUGAGUGCUCACCCAUUUCCACCUCUCACUCCCGGUACGAACCCAAGGCGUAUGCCUAGCAGACGAGAAAUUAUUAACCAUCUACUGCCAUCAUGGAGGCAGUCUCCUUCAAGAUCGUCCGCAACUUCACUUUUGAGUCGGCUAGGAUGUCUCAUUUCAGGCAGCACGAAAACUGUACUAGUUCCACCCAACCGUCAAAACCACAGCCUCAUGCAUAGCGCAGCAGUCAAGGCAAUAGCUUUUGCACCGUGGCAGCCAUCGCUGCUUGCAACAGGGGGAGGCACGAACGACCGUGCCAUCCACUUCUUCCACGUAAGGACAGGGGUUUGUCUAGCAACGAUAAAUGUGUACGCGCAGGUGACCAGUCUCAUCUGGAGCCAAACUAGACGUGAAAUUGCAGCGACUUUUGGCUAUGCUUCACCCGAACACCCUUUCCGGAUUGCUGUCUUUGCCUGGCCCAGCUGUGCACAGGUCGCCGCUAUUCCUUGGGGACCUCAUGGAACAAGUUGGGAUGGUGAUGACCAUGAUGUCAUUUACGAUUGUGGACGGGCAUUAUAUGCUGUUAGCUAUCCGGGCAGACCACCUCGCCCUCUCAGUGUCCCUCAGGAAGAUCUUGAACCAGUCUACGCGGCUGCAAUGCCUUCGCCUCCUAGCUCUGAGUCUCCCGAGCAAAAUAACGAAGCGCCCGAACCCAGGCGAGGGCCGCGUGCGAUCCGCCCGAAAGAGAAAGAAGGUGGAAUGUGGUGCACACGAACGAUGGAAGAAGGAUGCAUCAUCGUUGCAUCAAGCGACCAGACCGUCAAAUUCCAUGAGGUAUGGACCGGUCGACGCAAAAGUACCAGCUCUGCUUAUGGGAUAUUGGGAGGAAGUGAUAUCCUUGAGGGAAUGGAAGGCAUCGAGAAGUCCGGUAGUGAAGUCAUUCGAUAA